CCACGCCUGGUUUGCUGUAGUAUAGUGGGGAAGUGGUAGUAGCGCUUGUAGCAGCAGUGGUAGCAGGGCCCUCCCUCUGUCUCUGCAGAUAAAUACUCGCAGCCUGUCUAUCCCAGGCAUGGAUGACGGUUGCAAUCAGACAUGGCACUGCGACAUUAUACUCUCGACUUCAGCCUCUCUACGGCAGCUGACGCUACUUCCACAGUUCCUGGUCUACUUUCCAUAUUUCAUGAGCAAGAAAUGACAGAGACUGUCCAUGACACAGACGGGCAUGGAUACCUCGCUACAUUCGUAGGAAAGAAUGGCCGGUUUGCCAUUCUGCGCGUGCACUCCCAUGGGUUGAUCACCAUCGAUCUGCAGUGUUAUGAAGAGGAUAACAUUGCACAGCUAGACAAUCUUUUAAAUGCACUGGAAAAGAAACUGACGGUUCUCUUAAAUGGCAAUAUUACGAGGAUUAAAAGACUACCAUCCAUCGUACGAGGAGGGAAGAUUGAUCGAUACUGGCCCACAGCUGACGGCAGGCUGGUGGAAUACGACAUUGAUCGGGUGGUUUAUGAAGAAGAUUCUGCUUACCAAAAUAUCAAAAUAAUGCACUCAAAGCAGUUUGGGAAUAUCCUUGUACUCAAUGGAGACGUUAACUUGGCAGAGAGUGACUUGGCCUACACGCAAGCCAUCAUGGGUGGAGGUAAAGAGAAUUACGCUGGAAAGGAGGUGCUAAUAUUAGGAGGAGGUGACGGGGGCAUCCUCGCCGAGGUGGUCAAACAAAAACCAAAGAUGAUCACCAUGUUGGAAAUCGACCAGAAGGUGAUAGACGGGUGCAAAGCACACAUGAGAGUAACAUGUGGAAGUGUCCUUGACAGCUUAGAGGGAGACUGUUACCAAAUACUAGUUGAGGACUGUGUGCCCGUGCUGAAGAAGUAUGUCCAGGAGGGAAGGACGUUUGAUUAUGUAAUUAAUGACCUCACAGCAGUCCCAAUAUCCACAGAGCCAGAAGAAGACUCUACGUGGGAGUUCCUGCGUCUCAUCUUGGACUUGUCAAUCAAAGUCCUGCAUCCUAAUGGAAAAUAUUUCACACAGGGAAACAGUGUGAAUCUGACAGAGGCACUGAGUCAGUAUGAGGAGCAGCUGGGGAAGCUCUCGUGUCCUGUGGGCUUCUCCAAAGAGGUGGUGUGUGUGCCCUCCUACCUGGAGCUAUGGGUUUUCUACACUGUGUGGAAGAAGUAAAAGGCUCCAGUGAUCUCUUCUUGAAUCCCCAGCGGCUGGAAUGUGAAAGCGCCUCCCAUUUCUGCUGUUGCCUCAAAGGCGUGUUCAGACUGAACCAGAUGUGGAAUUAAAGGCAAUUAAGAAAGUUUGGGGAGGAGUUGGAUGCAGAGAAAUAAAACAGAAAUAAAAGAGCUACAGCCAACAUCUGAGCUGGCUGUGAUCGGCUGUUUGUGGUGAACAAGCUUGGACUCCAGCUGUUGUGUUUAAGACUGCAACAACACCCUGGAUUCAGUCUGAACACAUCUUUAGCGGCACUAAGACAGUUUUAUUCUCCCCUCUCUUUUAACCCCAUUCGACCUUGACCUCCACUCUCUGUCUCGCUCCCUGUUUUAGUUGUGUUUUACAGUUAUUUGCUACAACUUCUCAGUUGUAUUUCGAUUGUGUUACUUGAUUUGGAAUGUCCAUCUGCAUGUAUGUUGAGGGAAAUGUUAGAUGUUUGAACUCCUCUUGCAGGAGGUGUGCGUUCUCUUGUUUUCUCUAGGUUUACUCUGAGUUAUGAGCUCAGAUGGUGUGAUAGGGCAAUUUGUAGGCUCAGCACAGCUGAACUGAGUUGCUUUUUAAGCUCUGUUUUUGUUACUGCCUCUCAAAUGUGAUUUGAUUCUUUCAGGUUGUUUCAAGGCGAUGUGACCAUGUCCAGUGAGACUCAGAGUGUGAGUCCACGUGUUUUAAAAGGGAAACGAUUCCACCACUUUAAUGCCACCUCUGUGCUUGUGCUGUUGAUAUGUCAUGUUUUAUUAGCACCUUUGGUUUCUCCUGGUAUAUUUUAAGUUUUUUAAGACUGUAUUAGAUGCAUGUAAAAGGCGGUGAAUGUAGCUUGCAUAUACAGUACACAGCACGUUUACAGGUGAUAAACUCUGUGGGACCGAGUUACAUUUAUUUAUUCUAUAUGAUUUCACUAAAUGCUGUUUUGUCCCACUGAGGUAAUUUUUGUGACCAUCACAAUUAAAGUGUUUUUGGGGGACUGGUUCUCAACGCCUUCCUUUUAAAUACAGCUACAAUAACAGUCUAACCUCUGGGAAUAAAACAACGUCAGGGAGACAGAAAGCAGUGUUAGCAUGAAGGAGCUGCACA